AUGUCAGAGCCAGUGGUCCUCAUAUGGCGGGUGGUCAGUCAGACUGUGGUCGGCAGGAAUGUCAGGAAUUGCGUUGCUGAACAGAUGGACUACGAUUAUAACUACCUGCCUGAUGCAUUGCCUCCUCUUCCUGAAGUCCCGGACUCCGGCUCUGUCCUGAGCUCCGUUGACAUCCCGGCCCGCUGCCUCCGCAACCCUGCCUUCCGCCACGCCUCCUCGCGCUACUGCUCCGCCCUCAGCAUGGACUCCUCUCCAGACAGCACCGAAAGGCCGAUCAGCUACAGCUCCACCUCGUCGUCCGCCUCCUCCCGGGACAGUCACUGCUCACUGGGCAGCCGCUCCACCCUCGUCCCUGCCCCUCACUGUAACCCGGUGACCUCAGACCGGGACUCUGGGGCAAUUCGGUUGGAGCUGGUCCCGGCCCGGCAGCUGGGAUGUGGGGAGGAAGAGGACAGAAAUGAUAGAGGGAUGGACACAGGGAGGGGGCAAGGGAGACAGGGCAGUGAACAGACUCCAACAGAACAUUCAGAGCCUGAGCUGAGUCCAGAGGGAAGUGAGCGGACGGGUCAGGGACCCAGGACAUAUGUUGACCGAGUGGUGCAGGAGAUACUGGACACAGAGAGAACAUACGUCCAAGACCUGCGAAGCAUUGUAGAGGACUACUUGGAGUGUAUCAGUAACCAGUCUCGACUGUCUCUGAGCCACGAAGAUAAAGGUUCUCUCUUCGGCAACAUCCAGGACAUCUACCACUUCAACAGGGACCUUCUUCAUGAUCUUGAGAAGUGUAACGCAGACCCCGUGGCCAUCGCAGAGUGCUUCGUAUCCAAGAGUGAAGAAUUCCACAUUUAUACCCAGUACUGCACCAACUACCCACGGUCGGUGGCUGUGCUAACAGAGUGCAUGAGGAACAAGGCGUUGGCCAAGUUUUUCCGCGAGCGCCAGGAAUCUCUGAGACACUCCUUGCCCCUGGGCUCCUACCUGCUCAAGCCAGUGCAGAGGAUCCUCAAGUACCACCUACUGCUGCAUGAGAUAGCCAACCACAUGGAGAAGGACACAGAGACCUUCGAGGUUGUGCAGGAAGCCAUAGACACCAUGCAGAGAGUGGCCUGGCACAUCAACGACAUGAAGAGGAAACAUGAGCACGCUGUUAGGUUGCAGGAAAUCCAGAGCCAGCUGACCAACUGGAAAGGCCCUGAUCUGAUUGGCUACGGAGAGUUGGUUCUUGAAGGAACAUUUCGUCUGCAGCGAGCCAAGAACGAGAGAACCCUCUUCCUGUUUGAUAAGCUUCUGCUGAUUACCAAGAAACGAGAAGAAACCUACACGUACAAGGCUCACAUCCUGUGCUGUAACCUGAUGCUGGUGGAAGUUAUUCCUAAAGAGCCACUGAGUUUCAGUGUGUUUCACUACAAGAAUCCCAAACUGCAGCACACAGUCCAGGCCAAGUCACAGCAAGACAAGCGCAUGUGGAUCUUACACCUGAAGAGACUGAUACUUGAAAACCAUCCUGCCAAAAUCCCCGCCAAGGCCAAGCAAGCCAUUUUGGAAAUGGAUGCAAUGCAUCAUCCUGGGUUUCAUUACCGCCCUGAUGGUGACAAGAAGGAUUCCCCUCAAACCAAGGAAGGCCCGACUCCUCGAAGAGGACGCAGGAAAGAACCUCUUUCCAAGUUACUGAAGAACGCCAAGCAGAAUGCAGCAAACACAGACGGCGAAAAGCGAACAAGUCUGGGUGCCACCCUGCUCUCUCCGGUGUCCCAGCUGGCUCUGGGCACAAUCGGUCGGAGCCGCAGCCUCAUCAACCAAUCGCAAGAAUCCCUGGACCCCGGCGAUCACUUUGACCACAGUGACAGAGAGGAAGGAGAGGAGCCACAUCAGCAGGACGCUGACGAUGAGGAUGACAGCGGUCUGGGAGGUGGAAAGAGGCUGCGAGUCCCUGGUAAAAGCAGUAGGAAGAGGCUGAACCCUCAGGCAUCUGUUGAUAGUAUAGAACAGUGGAAAACCUUCAACAUGAGCCCUUCAGACCUUCAGAGAGCGAGAGAAUCCCUGGUGAGGGAAGGUAGUCACCACCCACCACUCCUCAGGACACCUAAUGUGACAGAGGAACCUCCAGACUCUCCUAUUCCCUCCGUAAUAGUCACAGAAAGUGACCAUUCAGUGAGGAACAUCUGGGCAGACCAUCGGGCUCGUAGGGCCAUGUUCCCCACCCGCCAGAGAACCAUGCAGCCCGACGAUGAGGAUGAGGACAUCUACCAGAUGUUUGUUCCCACAGAGCCCGGUGGACCAGAGCCAGAGGUGCCCUCGGAGAGGUCAGAGGCCACGUCCUCGCCCAGGACAGCUCGUCCCUGCAGCUGGCACGUUGAACAGGUGCCCGCAGUGCAAGUUGACCCCCCACCAGAUGGGAGCAGAGUCCUGCGGAGGGCGAGCAGUGCAGGGGAGAAGGUUACAGAGGCUCUCCAGAGCCCUGACGACGACCAGGCCGGUCACAGCAACCUGGGGGUGAUCCACACUGAAUCAUCCAGCAAUGACAUAUCUGGCUCAUCCUCAGCCGAGCAGCUGACUAUAGACGAUAUUGAAAAUGUAUAUGACAACAUCAGCUAUGAGGACCUAAAGAGCAUGGGCCUCAUCAGGAGAGACCUGGAGGAAAGCCAGUCACGGAAAGAGACAUCCACAGAUGCAAAGGGUUCCCAGGGCAAGGCAGCAAGGGUACUAAAUGAGAUGUCAGGGGUCACAGAGCCUAUGAUUGAACCAGACAGUUCCUCUGAGAGCAACCGGUCCUCCACACAAGAGGGGAGGCAGUUUGGGACAUGUGAGCUCAAAAUAGUGGAGGAGAACAUCUACGACACCAUCUGUUUCAGGGAACCACCAUCAACUGAGCUUAAAGGAAUGAAUGACGGCAAUAAACUCAAACAAGAAAGGGACAGUCUGCUGGCCUCUGAACAGGACCUGACUGGAAGUCUUGGAGGGUUUGUAUCUGAGGAGAGCCUCCACUUUGGAGAUGAUGAAGGACCUGGCACCUCCCAUCCCGUUCGAUGUUCCUCUGAGCCAGAUUAUUCCUCGUCAUCAGCUUCCGAGACGUUCUCCCAGCGCUCACAGAAAGGGGACAAGAUGUCCGAGCAGGUCGACGAGAUCUGGAACGACUUAGAAAACUACAUCAAGAACAAUGAAAAGAAAGCUGAUCGACUUCCUGCUGCCUUCCCUGUUAGUACCAGUGAGUCACCUAAUAAGUCCUCGGCAGUCAGAAACAGCUCUAAAAAGAGCCCCCCUGUAACUAGUCCCCAAGCGGCCAGCCCUCCAACUAAGAGUCCCCCAGCACAUCAGCCUAAACCCCCACCCAUCACAUCCACACCAUCAUUCACCAUUCCAGUCAUCAACCUCCCUGAUCUUCAAAGUGAAAGCACCACUGUAGAAGAUCCCCACAGCCCUGCUCCCACUUCACACCCCAUUCCCGCGACCCCAGAGCCCCAACCAGGUACAGUGAAGAGCAUCCGUAACAGACUGGCUCGCCUCAGCAGUGGCAGCUUCCGCCUAGAGGACGAUGACCUGGUGGAGCUUCCUCAACGAAACACCCCUCAGAAAGAUAUUCCUCUCAAAGACCUUCAUAGUUUGUUUCCAGGGGAGCUGGCAGGUCUGGACUCCCCCCUGGCCGCCUCCUCUCUCCUGCUUGGUGAGUCUGUGGACUUCCCCCUGGAACUGAUGGACAAAACAAAGAGCAGGGUGUUCCUGAUGGCACGGCAGUACAGCCAGAAGAUCAAGAAAGCCAACCAGCUGCUGCGCAUGAGGAGCAUGGACCCCGGAGAUUCUUGUAGUCGGGCCAGAGCGGAUAGGAAACAGAAAGACCUGGCAGCCAUCUUAGAGGAGAAGAAACAAGGGGGCGCAGCCAUAGGUGCAAGAAUAGCAGAGUACUCGCAGCUCUAUGACCAGGUAAUGUUUAAGGAUCCUCCUGCUGGUCAGACCUCCGCUACCCCACACUACUCCCAUCAUCCAGGGCUGCCGUCCUCCCCGUCCAUGCCUGAGACCUCCCUGGAGGAGGACUGGCUCCACUGCACGUACAGCAAUGGAGAGCUGGCCAGCUUUGUCUCCUCAGCCAGCGAGGUGGGGGACGCUCGAGCGUCUUCCACCCCACAGCGCAGACUAACCUCUGCCUGCUCCAUCCCUUCUCUCAAGACUUUUCCUUCCUCUCCAACCACCCCACCUUCCCAGAGGUGGAGUUCGUGCAUGUCGUCGCCAAGCGAGAAAGAGGAGCACGUGUACAGUUCCAUUAAGAGACAUCCGUCCUUUAACGCACCAUCUUUGCCCCCCACGAAGUCUUCCCCAUCCGAUCACUGUCAGUCGGUCAGCUCUGUGGCAAGCCAGCAGGAGGAGAAGAACAACCAGUCUGGACUCAAAUGUAACAGACCCACUGUGGAUCGAUCCACAGAUAGACUCCAUGGCCCUAGUCUGGGCCGGGCUGGCCGGCAGAGUAGCCUCCCAGAGCGGUCUACCCAGGGACAGUCGGACCUCACUUUACACGACGGUCAGCAGGUGGUGGUCUUGAAUCGGGCAUCUGCACUGAGCAUACUCACCGCCACUCAGAACUACCUGGCCAACUUCAAGGACAAUGGGGAAGAUGACGAUGACUAUGUCGAGAUCCGCUCAGAGGACGAGAGCGAACAGGAGUCCGACAGAUUGGCGCAGAGAAAUGGCAGCUCAGCGGUUCUCUCCAAUCAGAAUCGGGGUCUUGUCCAGUCCCAGAGUCUGCCGUGCAGCCCGGUGCACUCCUGCGACUCGCUGAGGUCUCUGGACCGUGAGAAUUUGGAGAAAUACCUGUGGAGUGAGCCGCAGCAGAGCCACCCCAACAUCGUCCAGUCUCUGAGGGAGAAGUUUCAGUGUCUGAGCUCCAGCAGCUUUGCCUGAAGCUACACGACGACUAAAAGCCAAAUAUAUACAUUAACAUACAGCAUAUAGAAAAAAAAGGGGCACUGCAGCUUUGCAUUGAAUGCCCUACAUAAUACAACAUCAUAGUCCACAAACAAAUACAAAUAUUACACGUUAUUAAACAUAACACACAUGUCAACAUAGAUCAGAAGCAAUUUCUUUGAUUUCAUCCAUAUUUGUAACAAGUUCUGUGAAUACCUAUACUUUCUGUUACAUGGCUUCAAAGUAAAACACAUGAUAGGUUACUAUUAAUGGUCAAAAUGCCACAUCAAUGCGUGCAUGUGAGCUGCCUUAGCACUUCCAGGUUCAAACAGUCCUCUCAUGUAUGUUUUAAAGAGUAGUGAUCUGGUGGGGGAAAGUCAACAAGUAGUGGUCAAAGCAAAAAAAAAGUUAUCAGGUGUUUGUAAAGGCAUUCAGUAUGACUGAAUGGGUUUUAUUAUACAAAGGAAUUCAAACUCUUUUAGCCUUGUAGAGAUAUGCGGAGGACUUGUGCCAAUAAACUGUUGUACAGAUACAGUAGUUCAGGAUAUCUGUUUGAGUCUUUUCUGUGCCCAACAUCUCAAACCGAAGUACAAGCAUCAAAACUUUAGAUGACCUUUGGUGGAUGUUAACUCUCUGUGUCAGGAAUACCUCGUGAAUCGUGAGGUCUUUUAAUUUACUCUUAAGGUUAUUUUAACUGCGUUUUCAACACUAGUUAAACCUGUAUAGGAGAAGUGAACCACAGUGGUGGCUAGUGUUUUUAAUUGUGCUUACACUAUCAAACAGUUCUGAACAAGCAGCUUUACAAAUGUGCAGUUCAAACUUGCAGUCGUCACAUUUGCUACUCAGGCUAGUUUGUCACUUUUAACAGCUUUUUUAGCAAUAACUGUAACAAAAAGGAUGCAGCUGUAAAGAGAACAUGUUGGCUAUUACAAGAUCCAAUAGGUUAAGUAUAACUAGACUUAGACCAAUAAGUCUAUUUGAACUUAUUCCAUUUCACUCUACCUACCACCUUUGUCAUGAAUAGGGUAUUGUGCUUUAAAAUCAAGAGAAGAUGCUGAUAUUUUAGAGAAUCUAUAAGAAACAGUAGGACUUCAUAUUUAUUUUGAAUCUGUGAGCAAAUCAGAGAUGUUUUUACGUUUAAUCGAUGGAGUGAAAUGUGCAUCUCAACAAGUGGAUGAUGUUUUUUUUUUUUUUUAAUCAUACUAAGUUUAACCUUUGUUUUCCAGAGGGACCAUAAAGAAGAGAAUUAAGGGGAGUUAGUUAAAAAACUACAGUACUGUAUUUGGUGUAUUUUUUUUUUCAUUCAAAUUGAUAGUCGACUGUUUGUUUACUUUGUUUACGUUAUGGGACACUCCCAACUGUCACACUACUGAUUUUGCAUCCACUCUCACAGAAAGAAAGUCUCAGCAAGAGAGUUGUCAGUCACUUCAAUAAGGUUCAUACAACAAGAUUGUUUUCUCUUACCUUGAAGCACAUCCAGUCUUUACCACACACUUGUUGAAAUGGCUUAAUUUCUUUAAAAAAAAAAAAUUCACCAAAUCUGUCCUAUUUAUUUGAAAGCAUCCCUAUGUUAUUGCCCAUUAUCACUAUUACUUCAAACCACAGACAGGUUGUAAAUGAAAGUAAAAUAUAUUUAUUAAAAGAUGGUUUUAUUCUCAUUUAAGAGCACUCACAAAAUUUGAAUCGGAUACUGUGAAUAUUUUCAGGAAUGGCAUUUCAUUUUCUAUCACGCACUGCUUAAUUACGUUAAGUUCCAAAAUCACUAAAACACGUGAAAAGUUGAAAAGCACAAUAUCAAGGCCUACUGUUCAUAUCAGGAAAUGUGCAUCAAACACAAGUUAGGAAUAUGAAGUAUGUUUUUUUUUUUUGUGUUGUUUUUUUUUUGUUUGUUUCGUUUUUGGAUAUUUUUAUCCUCUGUUUCACUGGUGGGGAUCGUCAGUCUUCAUUGACUCUUUUUUGCACUUUUCUGUCUUUUUUACGUUUUAUUUGUAAACACUUUGUAAAGAUGUACAUUUUAGGAAAGUUAUUCUUGUAUGCCAUAGGUAUGCUUUAUAAUGCUUUAAUGUUUAAGUUAAAUGUACUGUAUUUUUUUAACUGCCUAGUUGUCAUUGCUCAACAAAACAAUGUAUUGGAGGAAAUAAAUUCAGAUUAAACUUA